AUGAUACAGACGGAGCUCGACCCACCACUCGAUCGAGCUGGACGCUCAGAUGAGAAAAGACAUGCUUGCACUCAACUCGAAGUUGGACAAACUGAUCCUAGCCCAAUUCCCUGCCAAGCAUGUCAACUAUGUCUCAGAACAAACCUAGUCAAGGACCAGGAAGGGGAGGAGACAACACAAGAGGUCUUUUGGAGCAUUCUGGAGCAUAUGGGACAUGAGGAGCAUGGAGGGACUUGGCACAUGGAAGCAGCUCAACUGGAUACGCAAAGGAAGAAGGGAGAAGCCAUCUUGAAGACCAGCUCGACCCUACUCGACCAACCGGUCGAGUUCCUCAACUCGACCGGCCAAGCUUCAACUCGAUCGAGCUGA